AUGACAUCCUUUGUACCCAUCGACCACUUCACCAAAACUACACUCACAGCUAUUCCCCCUGAUGAGAAACCAAACUACAACAGUCUCAAAAUCAUCCACCAAGAGCUAAAUGCCAAUGCAAUGACAAUCCCAACCGCCCUCGGAGGAGGACAUUAUGGACACCUCGCAUUGGUGCUACAACCAUCACCUACAACGACCUACCAAAUACCAUCCCUUGGGAAAACCCAGAACAUCCAGGUCCAGCCCCAGAUCACGGGAGCUACUGAAACAACGCUCCAGAAGCAACUACUGGAAGCAGUUCCAGAUACAUUCACCAAAGCAUUGAAAAAUGAACUCUACGGAUAUGCCCAAGUCACCGUUCGCGCCCUCCUAGAACACCUCGACACCAAGUAUGGCAAAGUAGAUGCCGACGACCUAGUCGAUAACAUCAAGAGAAUGGAUGCAAAUUGGAGCCCCGAUCAACCCAUUGAAGAUCUCUUCAAUCAAGUCAAGGACGCUCAGAAGUUUGCAGCCGACCAUGAUCCUAUUACAGAUAAAAUGGCAGUACGCGCAGCCAUCGCAAACCUAACCAACAGUGGAGUCUUCACCGACGCCAUGAAAGAUUGGAGGAAGAAAGAAGAAGAAGACCAAGCCUUCACCGACUUAGAGAAGCACUUCACAUCCGCCGAUAAAGAACGACGACGCAUCCUCACUCCCAAACAAGUCGGAUAUGCGAACAAAGCGACGGAGAAGCCAACAAAAGGAACCGCGAACAAAACACAAAUAGGAGGCAUCCCCAUGUACUAUUGCUGGUCCCACGGACAGGGCCCAAACAGCAACCACACAAGCAACACCUGCACCAAGAAACUCCCCGGCCACCGAGAUGAAGCUACAGCUGACGACAUGCUAGGCGGAUGCUGUGUCAUCCAUCGUAGGGCUGGUGAGAAAGCAGUCUACAGGCGCCCUCAGCGCCCAAGCCGUGAAAACGAAGAGAACCAAGUUCCACCAACCAACACCUGAGCAAGACGGGAGCCAUUCACGGACGUAUCAAACAACAAAGAAAAAAGUAAACCAAAUAAUGCACGUAAUAUAGUAAAAGCGGAU